AUGGAGAGGUACAAAUCACGGUUAGUGGCCAAGGGCUAUGAUCAAGUUGACGAUGUGGAUUAUUUUGAGACAUUUAGCCCAGUAGUCAAUGAAACUACAGUUAGGGAAGUUCUUACUCUUGCAAUCACUCACAAAUGGUUUGUCAGGCAGUUGAAUGUAUCCAACACAUUUAUUUAUGGCAAUUUGACUGAGGAUGUCUACAUGACACAACCACUAGGCGUCGUAACAGCUCAAUCUAACGAUUUGAAAAAUGGGGAAUGGGUCUCAGGUCAAAAUGUUACUGCUACUGGGAUUUCACUCGGUUGUGAAAAGAAUUCUAGUGUCUUACGUGGACUUGCAAAGGGUGCUAAAGGAAUUGCCGGUCUCGGAAGAUCAAGUUCUUCUUUGGCUUCACAAUUUUCAGCUGCAUUUCGGUUCCCUCAAAAAUUUGCCUUAGAUUUAGGUGCCGGCGAAGGUUCAAUAUACUUCGGGGAUGGUCCUUACUCUAACCAAAACUUCAGGCAGUCAUUAGCUUACACCCCACUUCUCACUAACUCUUUCUUUCCAAGUGACUAUUUCAUUGACCUGAAAUCAAUCGACGUAGAUGGUUCAAAUGUCACCAUAAACAAAGGAUUAUUGUCCAUCAACAAGAGUAAUGGAGUGGGAGGAAUUAAAAUUAGCACCUUGGUACCUUACACUACUAUGGAGACAUCAAUAUACAAGGCCUUCACAAGCGCAUAUGUUAAGGCGGCUAAAGCCAGGGGUAUUUCUACGGUUGCUCCUGUUGCGCCUUUCAGUGUUUGUUUUAAUGGAUCGACGAUAGAAAGUAGACCAGACGGGGUUGUUGUGCCAUAUAUCUCUCUUCGCAUGCCCAACAAUGUAAAUUGGUUUUUGGCUCGGUCAGGUAGUAAUCCUUUCGAGUUCGUUAAGGACAAUGUAUAUUGUUUGCCAUAUGUAGACGGAGGUUUAAAGCCGGAGACUUCAAUAGUUAUUGGUGGUUAUCAGAUGCGCUUAAGUAUUCUAGAAUUUGAUAUUGCAAAAUCAAGAGUAGGGUAUAGUCCACCGAUUCAAGUUUGA